UCCUCCUCCUCUUUUUUUAUGAAUGGAUAAGGGGAGGAGCCAUGCACUUGUAUCACAAAUUAUAUCACGUGUGAGAACAUCGUCCGUCCCUCGGAUGCAGGAAAAACCUCCAUGCCACGCCUGAGAAACCCCCGCCUCGCCUUCUUACCCCACGCAUCCUCUCCUCACUCCCACUCCCUCACUCCAACCAGUUCUCCUAUCGCUUCAGCCAGUCUCAUCCGGCCUGCCCUGGGGCUUGCUGACGCUAGCAGACCCCCCCCCCACACACACACACAACCCUUCUUUUUCUCUCUCUCACUCUUUCCCACCACUGCAUGAAUAAUCCAGGCGAGGGUAGGAGCUGCUGCUGCAGCAUUCAUAUGAUCGGAGCACAUUCACACACCCCCUCUUGAACACGCAUGUGAACAGCAGCAGAGGCAGGGCUGAGUACUGUGUGUGUGAGAGCGAGACUGCGGCGGCAUUCCAGCUCUCCAUCUCUUCGUCUGACACCCGCCGGAUUGCUCAGUCUCCUCUUCCUCCAUCCCAGCCUUUUUGCCUAUACCUCGUUGGCAUGUUUUGCUUCUGCCUGCAGGGCUCUCUGUUGAAGCUCCAGGCUCUGGAGGAGGAUGCCAGCUCGCCACCGGAUUCUUCUCCCGAUGAAAGCCCAACCAGCAUGGGUGGCAGAGAGGAGACACAGCCCCCCUCACGCGGCAGCCUGAGAGAUGAGAACAGCCUUCAAGAUCGUAGGCAGUCUGAAGGCGACUGCAGCAGUGAACCCCAGCAGAACCCCGGUCCCAGUCGACUCAUCUCUUACAUUACGGAUGGGAACAGCCCUUUACCCUCACCACGCUGUGCCAGCCUCAGCCUCAGCCAGCGCUUCAACACCGACCCUGAGAGUGCACCAUCACCUCCCUGCACACAGCAUCUCAUUCUGCCUCGUGGGAUGGUCAGACCGGAGACCUCUGAUGAUGAUAAAGACACACCAUCUAUUCCGUUACUCACUAAACACAUCCAGACGCUCAAGAGAAGAAUACGCAAGUUUGAAGAACGCUUCGAACAAGAUAUGAACUACAAGCCCUCCCAUAAUGACAAGUCUGCUAAUCCAGAGAUAUUCAAGCUCAUGAGUGAACUGGCCAAGUCUCGCAAGCAGCUCAAAGAUCUGAAGCUGAGGCAGUCAGUGGAGGAAUCGCGAGGCCAAGAGAACGACCAGCCCACAGGCACCUGUAGAUACUCAAACGGCCUGCAUGAGGCGCCGGAGCAGCAGCAGCAGCAGCACAAACCCUCUCUGGAGGAGACGGUGGACAUGCUGCUGAAGCGACUGAGGGAGAAACGCCAGGCCCUUGGCCUCCCAGACAACAUGAAGGAGAUGACCCAGAGGCAGAUGGCGCUGGAGAAGCUCACGCUGCAGAAAUGCCUGCUGUAUUUCGAGAGUCUACACGGACGCCCUGACACCAAGCAGGAGAGAAACCUGGUGAAGCCGCUCUAUGACAGAUACCAGAUGGUCAAGCACCUGCUGUGUGCCACACCCACCAUAACCACCAUCGAGGAAGAGGAAGGGUCUGAUGAAGAGUACGUGCAGCAAACUCAGCCCCCACGGCAAGCAACCCCAGAGUCCAUGGAGGAAGACGAGGAAGGGGACAGCGACACGGCAUUUGUGUCCCCUCUGGACGAGGUGAAAGCGGUUCGACAGCCUGCCCUCAACAUGUCCAACCUCCACGCUGCUUCCAGAUCUGAGCUGCUGCAGUGUCUGCGUGAGACUCGUGCGGAGAAGAAGAGGAGACGGAAAGCCAUCAGGGAGUUUGAGGAGCAGUUCUUCAGACAGAUGGGCAGGACUGCACAAAAGGACGACCGGAUUCCCAUGACAGAAGAAUAUCAAGAGUACAAAAGCCUGAAAGCCAAACUGCGCUUGCUGGAGGUUCUGCUUAGCAAACAGGAAACCACAUAGACUAUUCAAGGAAUAUAU